GGCGCGUGCUGCUCCGACUGGGAACGGGCCAGGCGUUGAUCGGUCCAAGCCUGUCCGGGCCAGCCUGUGCAGGAUGGGCCCCAAGAUCCGGCGUGUCGCCAAAUCCAGGCUGACCAGGAAGCCCGCCGCGAAGAAGCCCGCCGCGAAGGCGCCGUCGGCCAUCAGGGGCCUCGCGGGUUUCCGCAAGGGGUCCACCGAGUUCAGUGGUGCGGUGGACAGGGGCGUCGCGCGCCAGGACGCGGCGCUGGCGUCGCGCGCCCGCGUGCUGCCCAGCUUGGACGCGAGGCUGAUCUGCGUGGAGCCUGCUAGCGGCAGCGACCGGUACUAUUUCCGAGGCCGGAGUUUAUAUGGUGCCCGCUGGAAGGCCGAGGCGCUGCUACGCCUUCCAGCGCUGGGGCCGCACGGGGACCGGCGGGGUGUGCAGGCUGCAGGGCCCCAUGGAGCAGGCGCAGGUGGAGGCGCACCUGUUCCGGGUGUUCCAGGCGAAGACUGGGGCCGCGUGGGGCUCGCCCGAGCUGGCUGGCAGGGCGACGCCCGGCAAAUACUGGCCAGUGGCCGCCGCUGCGGCCGAUCCAGGAGCCCGCUGGGAAUUCUUCAGCGAGCCGGACGACAAACGCAGCAGAGGCGGCUGGCUCCCCUGCGACGCCGCGGCCGCGGGCCAGCUCGAGGAGCUCUACGCGGAGCACCGGGCCAGCAGGGCCGGCCCCAACCCGGUGGCCACGCGGUUCGUCGCCGCCGGCGACUUCGACUACCAGGUCGACUUUGACACGCUCACGCAGCGGAACGUCUCGACCAACGGGGCCCGGCAGAUCCGCCGGGUCCUGGACACCUCCGAAGCCACACCGCGCUUCUGCCGGGGCGCUGCUCCCAGGGGCCCUCCGACGGAGACCCUGCCAACACGAGGCGAUGGCAGCGCUGCGUGCGACCGGCAGGGGAGCUCCCGCAAGGGGCCCAGUUCGCUCGGCGACAUGGUUGCACUUGUGCGCGCUGGGGAGGUGCAGAGGCUGCCGGCAGCUGCACUGCGAGAAUGGCUGCGGAAGCACAACAUCUCUGCGACGGGUCACAAGGGCGACCUCAUGGACCGCGUCCGCAGCCUCGUCUGGUAGGGAGGCUGCACCCGCCUCUUGACGCAGAGGCUGCGCCGGAGCCUUCGGCGCAGGAGCUUCCUUGAGCUCGGCCCCUGCCUCGCCCUGUUCUAGCUGCGCGGCCGCCACUCCCAUCUCGAUCCACUCGUGUGCACUGCGCUGUUUUGUUUUGCCUCCUAACUUCUCGGCGCGCCCGGACCGCCAUGCCCUCCUGCCGCACCUCACGCGCUCGCCCUCCUUGGGCGGAGCCUAGGGCUGCGUGUGCACAACACGCGAGCCUGCUACCGUGCCGCCGGGCCUGAGGCCAGAAAAGACGGGUGGGG